AUGUCCACCGAACAUCAACAUGCCUCUGUCGGCGUUGACAAACGACCUGCCGUUGAAGCUAUCUCCGAGCAGCCAGAAGCAGCUCAAAGCCAGACGUCCUCGGACGACAGUGAGUCCUUGGACCACAGCGUGGCCAACAUCGAACGAAUCUACAGAAAACUGGACCGUCGCAUCAUCUCCGCAUUCUGGGUCCUCUACUUCCUCUGCUCAGCCAUCCGUUCAAACGUAGGCCUGGCACAGACAAUGAACACAGACACCGGCCACGACCUCGCAAGCGUGCUCAACCUAACCCGACACGAAAUUUCAACCGGUCUAGCCCUGUUCUACGUCUGCUAUGUGAUCUUCGAUCUCCCCUCAAACCUAAUCAUGACCCGUCUAAGCCCCCACGUCUGGAUGAGCCGCAUCGUGAUCAGCGUAGGCUUAAUCGGAAGCUGUCUCGCCGCAAUGAAGGCAGCAUGGAGCUUCUACCUCCUCCGCCUCCUCCUCGGUAUCGUCACCGCAGGCAUGUGGCCCGGCAUGACGUACUACCUAACCCUAUUCUACCCGCCCUCACGCAUCGGCAAACGAAUCGGGCAAUACUUCACGGCCUCCCAGGUCUCCGCCGCCGUAGUCGGCCUCGUCUCCGCCGGCUUCCAAAAAAUGGACGGCGCCCAAGGCCUCGUCGGCUUCCAAUGGAUGUUCCUCGUCUACGGCGUCAUCACCGUCGCCCUGGGCUUCGGCCUGCUAUGGUGGUUACCAGACAGACCCACGCCGCCGGGUGAACCCGCCCCAAAACGCUCCUUGAUGAUGCGCUGGGUACCUACCACCGCACCCGCGCUGAAGGGCGCCGAUGCCGUCGUGCAUUACCAUGAUCUGAAGCGUGUUUAUCACUCAUCCGCAUGGACGAUGCGGGACCUGCUCGCGGUGUUCUUAGAUUGGAGACUUUACCCGCUGCUGGUUAUGUACUUUGGUGUUGUGGGUGUUGGUAUCGGCGUGCAGUUGUAUGCGAACGUGAUUAUCAAGGCCAUUGAUCCGACUUUGAGUGAUAUUUCCUUGAGUCUGUUGACGGCUCCUAUCUGGAUUAUGGACCUAAUUGCCAUCCUCCUCGUAACCCCCCUCUCCGACCGCUUCCACCGCCACCGCGCAAUCUUCUUCUCAAUCCCCGUCCUCCUCCAAAUCCUCGGCCUCCUCCUAACAAGCUACGCGGGCACGGACGCAAACCCCUGGCCACGGUACGGCGGGCUUCUAAUCGUUGGAUUCGGACUCGGCCCCACAGUCCCGAUAACGAUGACCUGGACGACGGAGAUAUUCCAGCCUCGACACGGCGAGGUCGGCGUAGCUGCUGCGUCGGCUGUUGUCUCCGGUCUCGGUAAUCUGGGCAGUAUCCUUACGACGUAUGCGCUGUAUUCUGGUUGGAAGAGUGACUACGAGGCGCCUGGUCGCGAGAAGUAUAGAAAGAGUAAUCUCGUCAUGAUUGGUAUUCUGGCGGCGAGUAUUCUUUCUGCGGCAUUGAUGGAGGUUAUGUUGCGAUUUGUUGAUGGGAGGUAUCGUGAUGAUGAUGCUGAUGGCGCGGUUGACGGGGCUGCGAGGCGGGAGGUGCGUCAGCGUGGGUUGCAUGGCCUUGGGGCUGGUGUUACGCGUUGGUUGAAGCUGGGAAGGUGA